CAAGUCAAACAAAUGCUUAAUUUUCACAAAAUCAAUCAUGUCAGAGUUUAUCCAUAAAGAACAAGCAAUGGCCGCUUCUAAGAUGAGUGGGGAUAUUAUAGGUGCACCCACCGUUACUCUCAGGGAUGUUUGGCCACUAAGCAGGUUUCAGACAUCAGACAAUGACCAGACAAUCUUUGAGGUCAGAUAUGUGGGAACAAAUGCAUGUAAACAAUCUUCACAUUUGGCGACUGGGGCGGCCACUGUUGAAGCCGCAUCCAAAGAGAAACCAAAGCAAUCAGAGGAGGUGGGGUUGGGAAAUGGAACAGGGACUAAAGUUAAGACAGAGGAGUUGGGACUCAAAGGAUGAAAUGUUUCGGCUGUUUUCUUUGCCUUAUGCUUCAGUGGAAUCGGAGGAAGGGAGAAACAAUAUUUACUCGGAAUCCAUGGUGGAAUAUAACAAAAUGGGAAGGUUUUC